AUGUUAUUAACAGACAGUGAGAAAGGGUCAGAUGGCACAGGCAAUGGCAGUGAUGAAGAAGGGUCCAAAGGGAGUGCUGCAGGCUCAGAAAGUGACUCCGAAAAUGCUGUUUCUGGAAAUGACGGUAUAGAUGAGGAGGCCAAAAACCUGACUGUUGAUGACAACUUAACAGAAGAUGAGGAGAAACUUAAGCAACAGCUGUCUGAGGACAGCUCCACCAAAGACGUCUCGUCUGCCACUCCAUCCAAAGGUCGAAGGAAAAGCAAGAAGAUUUCAGAGCCAGAGAGCGCUGCAGCUGGAGAAACUGAAUCUACCUCAACAUCUGGUGGUGGCGUUGUCACUGUGGAUGAGUCUCUGACUGAGCCCAAGAAAUGGAAUUUCCGCAGGAAUCGUCCCCACCUGGACUUCACCACGAUGGAAGAACUGAAUGAGAUAGAUGACUAUGACAGUGAAGACGAUAAUGACUGGAGGCCCACGGCAGAGAAGAGGAAAGGCAAAACGUCAACUCAGAAGGGUGGAACGGAGGAAGAGGAGGGAGCUAGUGUUAGUGAAGAUGAUGAUGACGAUGAUGAUAAUGAUGAUGAUGAGGACGAUGAUGAAGAUGAUGAGGGCAAGGACCAUGGUGACGACAUUAACAAUAGUAGCAGUGACAGCGACAAAGAAAUGAAGAAGCCCAAGAAGAAGGUGAAGAGUACCAAUGCCUUUGAUGAUGAACUGACCAAUGACAGUAUGUCUCAAGGAAAGGGCAAUGAGGAUGCUUCACUUGACCGCUCGCAGACCUGGAACACCCAGCAUAUCCUUAUAUGCUGCGUCUGCUUGGGAGACAACAGCGAGGAUGCAGAUGAGAUCAUCCAGUGUGACAACUGUGGGGUCACUGUGCAUGAAGGGUGUUACGGUGUGGACGGUGAGAGCGACUCCAUCAUGAGCUCAGCCUCUGAGAACUCCACCGAGCCUUGGUUCUGUGACGCCUGCAAGAAUGGAGUGACUCCCAGCUGUGAGCUGUGCCCCAACCAGGACGGCAUCUUCAAAGAGACGGAUGCCGGGAGGUGGGUGCACGUGGUCUGUGCACUUUAUGUCCCUGGAGUAGCAUUUGGAGACAUCGAUAAACUGCGACCAGUGACGCUUACGGAGAUGAAUUAUUCAAAAUACGGUGCUAAGGAGUGCAGUUUCUGUGAGGAUGCCCGUUUUGCCAGGACCGGUGUGUGCAUCAGCUGUGAUGCAGGAAUGUGUCGAUCCUACUUCCACGUCACCUGCGCACAGAGGGAGGGGCUCCUGUCUGAGGCUGCAGCAGAAGAGGAUAUUGCUGAUCCAUUUUUUGCCUACUGCAAGCAGCAUGCAGAUCGCUUUGACAGGAAGUGGAAAAGGAAGAAUUAUUUGGCUUUACAGUCAUAUUGUAAGGUCUCUCUACAGGAGAGAGAGAAGCAGCUCACGCCUGAGGCUCAGGCCCGUAUCACCACCCGCCUUCAGCAGUACCGAGCCAAAGCAGAGCUGUCCCGGAACACUCGGCCUCAGGCUUGGGUUCCCCGAGAGAAACUGCCCCGACCUCUGACCUCCAGCGCCUCAGCCAUCAGGAAGUUGAUGAGGAAGGCAGAACUGAUGGGCAUCAGCACUGACAUUUUCCCUGUGGACACUUCAGAUGCCAACGCCAGCAUGGACGGACGCAGGAAGCACAAGCAGCCAGCCCUCACUGCAGACUUCGUCAACUACUACCUGGAGCGGAACAUGCGAAUGAUCCAGAUCCAGGACAACAUCUCUGAGCAGAAGAACCUGAAAGACAAACUGGAAAGUGAGCAAGAAAAACUGCAUGUGGAGUACAACAAGCUCUGCGAGUUUCUGGAGGAUCUGCUGAGUGUGAACGGAACCCUGCGGAGUGAAGGCCAGGCCAUGUGGACGCUGCUGGGCGGCAUUGUGGGCCAGAAACUGAACACUCCAGCAAUUCUGAAAGCUCCAAAGGAGAGGAAGCCCAGCAAGAAGGAAGGAGGAACACCGGGGAAGUCAUCCAGCCUUCCAGCAAUUCUUUACAGCUGUGGGAUCUGUAAGAAGAACCAGGACCAACAUCUUCUGGUGCUGUGCGACACUUGCAAACUCUACUACCACCUGGGCUGCCUGGAGCCUCCUCUCACCCGGAUGCCCAAGAAGACAAAGAACAGCUACUGGCAAUGCUCCGAGUGUGACCAGGCCAGCAGUGAUGAAGCUGACAUCGCCAUGGAGACGCUGCCUGACGGCACCAAGAGGUCUAGAAGGCAGAUCAAAGGACCGAUCAAGUUCAUCCCUCAGGAAAUGUCUCCAGAGCCCAAGAAGCAGCAAGUGAGAGGCACAAGAACCAGGGGCCAGAAGAGAAAAAGAGUUCCUAUCUCUGAAGAACGAGAAGAGAAAGUGGAGGAACCACUGCCACGGGAACGCAGACAACGCCAGUCUGCGGUGCAGAAAAAACCCAAAGCUGAUGACACAAGAACCGAGUGUUCGACUUGCAAAGGACCAGGCGACAAUGAAAAUCUAGUGAGGUGUGAUGAGUGCCAGCUCUGUUAUCACUUCGGGUGUCUGGAUCCCCCGCUAAAGAAAUCCCCCAAGCAGACAGGAUAUGGCUGGAUCUGCCAGGAAUGUGACACAUCAUCAUCCAAGGAGGAUGAAGAGCAGCCACAGGAGGAUGAGUCUGUCAAACAGGAAGCAGCAACGCCGGACAGUCCAAACUGAUCCCGGGUCAGACGCUCCCCACGUUCACAUCCAGCCUUCGCCUUUUGUGUUCACACUGCAGCACAUUUGAACUUUUUACUAGCCUCCCAAAGUUUCCACUCAUUUCAGUUAGCUUCUGCUCCUCAACAUUUAGUAUUCCUGAAGAAAACUCGAUGAGCUGUGUUGUUUUUGUAUGUUUCAUGGGUGGAGUUUGUAUGUCUUAUUGCUAGAGCUGCACAGAUGGACUAGUUAAAGUCCUCUUCUGGAGGAGAGUCUGAAGGAAGUAAGCCAGCAGAGCACAAACAGCAGAGUUAAUCCCAUUACAUCAGACAGACAGACAGACAGACAGACAGACAGACAGACACCUGCAGCAGUUCCACCUCUUUCCAAACAGUCUGUUUUCAUAUUUUAAUGAUGUGUGUUCCUGCAGAGUGUCCGGUUUACAGAACGAAGUGCUAGCACAGCAUGGGAGAACUUUCUUCAGAUGCAUUUCUUUUGACAUUUGACUUGAUGAUUUUUACUCUCUUCUUUUAGCUUAUUCAUAAAUUCAUCUUAUUUCCUUUUCAUGUACAGGCUUCUCUUGUCACCUGUAACACUAAUCUGGAAUCUUACUUGUGUACACACUUUUUUAAAAACUUUAUUAAUGAACUAUUAAAAAGUAAAACUAGCCAGCGGUCUGAGCUGCCUGUGGUCUGAGGUUCAGACAUGCUUCAUGUUUGGGCUUCUUGUCAUCAUCUCACAUUUACGUUGUGCAGCUGAAUGUUUUUCAGGAGCAGUGGUCAGACCUCAGAUCACUUCCUCUUUCUACAGUGUUUUUCAACUAAUGCAAAGGGAAUCAGAAAUGAAGAGUUUAUUUUCGAGACUGUUACCCUCAUUAUGUCCUUCAAUCUGACCAGAGCCACUGUCCAACUGAAAACCUGUCAGAACUUCAGUCCUUUAAAGUGCCAAUGGAUUUGAUGGGGAGAAAUGUUUUCUUAUAUAUCAUAGAUACCAAUGCAAAA